CCUGUCCUUCACAAGUUCUAUCAGUCAGGCGACCUUCUCAUCGGUGGGAUCAUUUCUCAGAUCCUUGUAUUUUCCUCUCAAAUAACUUUUGAAAAACGUCCCUCUUCUGACAUUUAUUAUAGCAUUCUCCAUUUUAAUCCAAGGUGGACCAUUCAUGCUUCAUUGGAACUUCUUUCCACACAGAACAGAUUCAUUCCAAACUACAAAUGUGACAUGCAGAGCAAUCCAUUAGCAGUAAUUGGGGGACCUAACUCUGAUGUCUCCCUCCAUAUAGCAAAGAAUCUGUGCAUCUACAAGAUACCACAGCUCAUAUAUGGCUGCACUCAGGCAAUGAAAAAUGACAUGCAAGCUGGUUUCCUCUACUGGAUGUUUCCAAAAGGGGCUCAUCAGUACAGAGGGAUUCUCCAAUUGCUCCUGCAUUUUGGGUGGACGUGGAUUGGGUUUUUUUACUUGCCUGAUGACAAUGGAGAGAGAUUUGUACAGGAUAUGCUGCCCAUGUUUUCUGAGAGAGGCAUCUGCUUUGACUUUAUAGAAACACGACCAACAUUUUCUUUUUCAGAUCAUAUUACUGAUGCAGUGGAGGAGGCAUCAACAAAAAUGAAGACUAUUUCAGAAAGCACUGCCAAUGCAUUGGUCAUAUAUGGUGAACUACAGACCAUGUUGGUUUUCAUACUAAUGCACAACUUGGCAGAAUCAGAGAAUAUGCCAAUUAAGGCAAGAGGUAAAGUCUGGGUUAUGACUGCUCAGAUGGAUUUCACAUCAUUUGGGUAUCAAAGAAGUGUAGAUCUCAAAUUCCUCCAUGGGGCUCUUUCCUUUGCAUUGCAUUCAAAAGCGGUGUCAGGAUUCUGGCAGUUUCUUCAGAGGAGAAACCCCACCUCAGAAAAAGAUGAUGGCUUUCUCAGGGUCUUUUGGGAAGAUGCAUUUAAUUGUCAUUUCACCAACUCCAUUGCAGAUGAGGUGGUUGAGGAAAUCUGCACUGGGGAGGAGAAGUUGGAGACUCUUCCUGGGUCUGUUUUUGAGAUGAGCAUGACCAGUCACAGCUACAGUGUCUACAAUGCAGUCUAUGCUGUGGCACAUUCGUUCCAUGCCAUGCACUCCUCUAAAUCUAAUCGAAGAGGAAGGGUGGAUGCAGGUAGACGGAAGCUUCUACUUCAUCUGCCCUGGCAGCUCCACCACUUUCUGAGAAGUGUUGCCUUUAACAACAGUGUUGGGGAAAAAGUUUCCUUUGAUGAAAAUGGGGAAUUAGUUGCUGGAUUUGACAUCAUUAAUUGGGUCACAUUCCCAAAUCAGUCCUUCCUUCGAGUCAAAGUUGGCAGGAUGGAACCAGAAGCUCCUACAGAACAGGUGCUCACCAUUCAGGAAGAUGCCAUUAUAUGGCCCAGGCGGUUUAACCAGGUGCAGCCCCUUUCUCUGUGUAAUGACAAUUGCCAUUCCGGGUAUAGUAGGACUGAGGUGGAAGGGAAGCCAUUUUGCUGCUAUGAUUGCCUUCCAUGCCCAGUAGGGAAAAUUUCAAAUCAGAAAGACAUGGAUGACUGCUUCCAGUGUGCAACAGAAUAUUAUCCAAACAGUGAUCAGGAUUUUUGCAUUCCCAAGGCCAUCACCUUUCUGACUCAUGAAGAACCUUUGGGGAUCAGUUUGGGCAUUUUUGCUCUGUCCUUUGCUUUCAUCACAGCUUUUGUGCUGAGGAUCUUCAUUAAGCACAAGGACACUCCCAUUGUCAAAGCCAACAACCGAAACCUCACCUACAUUCUCCUCAUUUCCCUCCUUCUCUCCUUCCUUUGUGUUUUGUUGUUCAUUGGCAAGCCUGAGAGUAUCACAUGUCUCUUUCGACAAGCUGCUUUUGCCAUCAUCUUCUCUGUGUCAGUUUCUUGUGUCUUAGCCAAAACGGCAAUUGUGGUUCUGGCUUUCAUGGCCACCAAGCCAGGGUCCAGCAUGAGAAAGUGGGUGGGGAAAAGGUUGGCCUACCUCAUCGUUCUUUGCUGCUCUCUCAUUCAAACCACCAUUUGUACAGUGUGGCUGGCAACUUCCCCACCAUUCCCGGAUCUAGACAUGACCUCCAUGGCUAAAGAAAUGAUCCUGGAAUGUAAUGAAGGCUCCACUGCCAUGUUUUAUUCUGUGCUGAGCUUCCUGGGCUUCCUGGCUACAGUGAGCUUCAUCUUGGCUUUCUUGGCCAGGAAGUUGCCUGACAGUUUUAACGAAGCCAAGUUUAUCACCUUCAGCAUGUUGGUCUUUUGCAGCGUUUGGUUGUCCUUUCUUCCAGCCUACUUGAGCACAAGGGGGAAAUAUAUGGUAGCCGUGGAAAUAUUCUCAAUCCUGGCCUCCAGUUCAGGAUUGCUCUUUUGUAUCUUUUUGCCCAAGUGCUAUAUCAUUGUGCUGAGGCCUGACUUGAACCAAAGGGGGGAGUUAAUCAGAAGAAAGAACUAA